AUGAAAACAGAAUUGAAUGGUUUAACUUCUUCGGCGGACAGAGCAAAAAUGGAAGACGAAUCUCGCGAGCGAGCUAAUGGUUUUCUGCCCGCAGGAGUCGCUCAAGUACCAAAAGAAGAAUUACAAAGAUAUGUUAAAUGUAAACGUAUCGGAAAUUACCUGCUUGGAAAGACGAUUGGGGAAGGAUCGUUUGCGAGGGUAAAGCAAGGAUUUCAUGUUCUGACCGGAGAAAAGGUAAGAUAUAUAACUUUGGCGACGCGAAUAUCCAGUGAAUUAUAUUAGGUCGACUCGUGGUCAGUCCCUUGCAUCAUUCGAACAGUACGGCAUGUUUUACCAUCUCUUAAUAAUUCCCAGUCCUGUGAAAAGGAAUGAGCUGUUUAUGAUUUGCCGAACUCAACAUUAAUACAAGGUAAAAAUAAAGCGUUAUCUUGCACUAACCUUGGCAACAAAAAUUUGUCACAUAGCUGCCAGGCUUAGCGUUUGUCGCCAAUUUAAUUAGAGUGCAAUGUGCGUGAAAAUUAUUAUUGGCAGUCAUUAUUUCAUUUGUGUUCAUAGCCUAUGAUAUGGCAUGUUUCACGCAAUGUUUUUUGCUGUAUUAAGUUAUUUUUGGAAAUACGUUACACGUUACUCACGCACAAGUUACCAAAACGUAUUUUCUGCAAAUUUGCCCUCUUCCAGCUCAAAUUUCCAACUUACCUAUUCGGCGCAUUGACCUGCUACAUAAAUUAAGAAAUUAAGCGAUUAAAAACGUAUUAUCAUGCGAAAAACAUCCAAAUUUGUUCCCAAUUUUGAUUUAUAGUUCGCCAUUUUAUAAAACCAAUAUAUCAGUCUGACAUAUUUCAGAGCGAUUUUUCAACUUCCGUUUUUGACGAGUAGCUACUUAACCACGCUUUGAAUAUGCUGUUGAAGCUAACCAUAAACCAUUUUUCACAUCAGGAUUUCUGCUGCUAGUUAAAGAAGCUUUGGGAAAAAAAAACAUGCGAGUAGAGAGCAAACUGAAUCACCACUGUUGUAACAGAGGAUUAGAUAACUCCGUGGGUGAUAUUUUUAGUUGAGAUAUUCUUGGCGCGCCAAUCAUGUUAGCCUGCCUUCGUUUAUGUUAUUCCAGUCGGUUUCUCUUUCAAUAACAGAAAGCCAUAAACUAUGUACAUAAAACUGUUUUAUUUAAACAAAAGCAUUUUACGGUGAAAGGUCUUAGAUGGUGUUGACUUUCCUAUUGAACAAAACUACAAUUUAAUAAUAAUUGACUUGCAUACUGUACGUAAUAUUGGGUUUCUUCUUUUUAAAAUUCCAUAGGAUUAUUUCGCAUACCUGAGUGUUUUCGCUUUCUCUUUUCGUGGGUCUUUUUGUUUUGGGGCGAUUUUAGCGAUAUAAAAUUCGCUAUCAAAUUUAAUCAAAAACAGCGGAAAAUUGUGCAACUGCGGAAGAGUUGUUCAGGAUCUAUAUAAUGAUAUUAUUUCAUUCCCUGUAUUCUGUAUUGGAUGUGGUGGAAUGAGGAAAAUAUCAUUUCCGAUCAUUUCUGAUCGUUGAGCAAUUUAUUUAUCUGAGUGAUAGCAACAACUUUGUUGUCAUGUAGCAAGAACAUGGCGAUGCUUCGUAAAGAUUAUUUAAUUCAAGCAACCCCUUUGCAACAGACUGCACUAUUGAAAAGUGUUUAUGUUCUUUCUAAAACAUCGUAAAUAAAAAUAACAAAAAACGAAGAAAAUAUAGAAAUAUAAUGGUAAUCAUAUUAACAGUAAUUUAAAACCCUAGGGGACGUUUUAAGUAAGAAAAUGUUCCAACUAUUACAAGUUUAACACGUUUGAACUCUUCAAAAACUUUGACAGGUCGACUGAAUACUUGUUAGCACUGAAAGCUGAGUUCUACCGGGCCUGUCUGGAAGCUGUUUGAUAUUGCCCCUCUUUUUGUACCGUUCAAAGCGAUACAUGAUCGUACUUAAAGUAAAUUCAACAAUGUUGUUCUUCUCAAGAGUUUUUAGGCUUUAUAAACGGCAUACGAAUUCUCUUAAGUACUCUAGGGCUUAGGAAUUUACCGAGCUUCGUGCAGUUAGUAGAAAUUUUAUGUCAGUUAUGGCUCUAACUCGCCUCGGUACUCAGUUUAUGUGAUCAUGUAGAGUAUAUAUUGCGAUAUGCGGUUUCAAGCUGAGGUUGUGAGUAUUGAAAUGUUAGGAUUCCACUCAUUCUCAAUACCAUGGAGUGCUGCAAAUGUACGUGCACUUAAUAUACGUCCUCUGGGAGCAAUUACAUUAAAAAGUGUUGAAGGAACUUUUUUAUGAGGACUUUCACGAUCUUCUUCAGCAAAAGCGGAAUAGGGCUUAUUCUUCUUUUACUGCUUUUAUUCGUCACGAAGUUAACGUGAAUUUUCUCUCUCACUAUCGACGCCGCACCUUAGUUUUAUAGUUGACGAGCAACCCUUACCACCUGUGGUGACCAGCAAACUUAUCUUUUUAACCCACGUGUAACCAAUCCCCGCUUUACAGACACCCUCAUAACCCUAUUCAGACCGGGGGAGUUUUGAGGUGCCCCCUCGCUAUAAAGCUGAAUAACUUCAAAACCGUUCAAGCUAGGACCAAAUUUUCCUAAAAUUUUUCUGGGAACAUUUUAAUGUCGUUGUGACGUGUAGGUCAAUAUUUAUGUUACCAUGGUAACCGAGUUUUGACAGCCAUGAUUUUCAAAAUUUGCAUUUUCUCUUAAAGUAUGUGUUAUUUCUAUUUUACUGAUUGAAUUAUUAAAUUAAACUUAAUUUAACUUUAAUCAUCAAAGUUAUUGUAACUUUUAAUGAAAUCCAGGCUUGUUAGUGACUAGUUUGCGAAAAAACAUGAGCUUAAUAUGACCAAAGGGCAGAUGCUGAAAUAAAUUUUUAACAGUGUUCAUUUCUCUCAAAAUUUGACAUUUUGCUAAUUUUUUUGCUUCCUAAGCAUCCCUUAAUUUAUACCUCGAUUUAUACUAGUUUUAAGUAACAUAGAACACAUUUAAAUAAUUCAAAAUGGCAGCAGAGUGUAUCAACCUCGCCGUCAAGUAUAUUACUGAGGGUAAUGCAGGGUUGAAACUUAACAAAAAUGAGCUAAAACGGUUUUGUGAGUUUGCUACCAAAGAAACUCACUUCCUAUUCAAAGGUGCUUUCUACGACCAGGUGGAUGGUGUAGCCAUGGGCUCCCCCUUGUCCCUGUUCUCCCAAUCUCUUAUAUCUUAAAUUAAUAAGAAACAUCAACUGCAUGGAUCUACUCAGGAACAGCUAAGAAUCGUUAGAAACAAAGAUAGAAGUAAUUUAGGGUGAAUCAUGGUUGAAACAUAAAACCAUGCAAUAUCCUCAUGUGUAAACACUGAGCUUUUACGCGUAAAAAGCGUGCAAUCACAAAUCACUUGUUUCACACUGAACUCGUGACAGGAGAAGUAACUGUUGAGCAAAGUGAGGUGACCAGGUUAACGGUAUAAGAGCAGUGAAAUAACAGAAUUAAACAGCUAAAAUAAAUUGAUCAGAAUGAUUAAACUAACUUGAAGCGAUCGCCUCGAGUGGUUAACGCAAUCCUUUCUUUCACCAUUUUCCUAAAAAAAAUACAAGGGGAAUGAACUGGAACGCAAGUAUCUUUUUCAAGUCAGGAGAGGUUUUGGAUUGAUCAGCAUCAGUUAUUCUGAGAGAACUAAGCACUGCAAGGGGAGUGUCAACUUAUUCUUUUCUGCAACAAUUCCCCGCGAUUGCAUGGUCACGUAAGAUAUGUUUCACUUGAAAUAAGUCCCAAACACCAGAUAAAGCUCUCGUUACAAUUUCUCAUUCAAAGCAAAUGCACUUCAGCAAAAUUUAUCUUGAGUCUCCUGUAGCUCAGUGGUAGGGCAUCUGGAUUACAAUGGAGGUCAAAAGUGUUGGGACCUUUCCAGUGAUAUUAGUAAAACUAGCGACCCCUCCCCUCCCACUUUCAAAGUUCAAUUUCGAGCACGAUGGGUGGAAAUGAGUACUUUUUUUGGCCACGACAUUGCUUGGGGGAGUGGGGGGACGACGGGAUGAGCCCAAAGUACAUCGAAAAAUUGUCAUUAGGAGCAGAGGCUAUCUAACACGCUUUUUCACACAGUCCCAAGUUCUCUUGUCCCCCAUUCAUACAAUUCCUAUAUUUUAUGAUACGGACACCUUUUUUUAUGAAACGUGAAACAGAUCCUACAGACCCCAAGCUUCAUAAAUUUCUACCACUCUGAUAAUACUGACAUCUCUAUAAUAUAAUGCUGACACUCCAUUGUGUCACUUUGGUGUCCAUAUCAAGAAUAUGUGACUAUGGAGACAAGUCUUACUUACAUUUACAUUUACUCUCCCUAAAACGGACUCCGUUUGGGGCAGGUGCGCAGUGUCCUUCCUAGAUGAGGGCAUUCGGUAUAGGCCUUAUAGCGAGAGAAAAGGGCAUAAGAAGGGCUAAGCUUUGUUUAAAGUAGUACGUUGCCUGUGGAUAACUCUUUCCCGCGUGUUUUGUAGGUGGCUGUAAAGAUCAUAGAUAAGAAGCAAGCGCACCAAGAUAAGUACGUGGCUCGAAAUAUGCGUCGAGAGGCGAAAAUUAUGCAGAUGAUUCGACAUCCCAAUAUUGUUCAGCUUCUUGAAGUAGUAGAAACAGAACACAGGUUAGUUAUUUUGUAACCAGAAAGGUAAAUUUCCUAUUAACGAAGAUAUGUUGUUUCGGUUGGUUACCAUUAUUUAUUUUACUCUUUUAUGCGACUCACUCACUCACCCACACAUCUUUGUUUUCGACAAAAAAUUUGAUCAGCAUUCUUCUGCUAGAGUUUUCGGCCAGUCAGCCCCUGCAUGGCCAUUCACGAGGUUGAUUUUCGUUACCAGGAAACUACCGAAAAAACGCUAUGGACUAUACAUGAAGUUGUAAUAACCGUUACGGAAUACGAUAAAUAUCUUAUUUGUGAGUCUAAUUUUAGCCCAUGCCAGAAUGACGGCUUCGCCGCCAAAACUCUCAUACGCGCAAAAGCAAUUCCGCAAGGCACACAGUACAUUCAGCACCCAGUUUUAGACGCUGGUGUUGCCUCAGGAGCUACUUUAAAGAUAGAAUAGAAAAGAGACAGCGUGUUAAAAAAGAAGUGUGCCGCGCGCUUUCAUAUCCUGACACGCUGCUUGGAGAAAAUCAUUCAUUCAGCCUUAGGUUAUCUGCUCUUUAAUGUUAGCUUGACUGGUUCGAGCUACAACAAGUGCAUAUCCUGUGAGCAGGCUCGCUUGAGCUUUUGUUUGAAGAAACUUUUAACGUCGGAGCCACCAGCGCGCGAGGAAAAGUCUUCUAUUCUUCUCGCCAGCUUUCAUUGCUGGCUCGCGCCGCUGAAAUUUUCCACGAACUCGAAAAAGUGAGCCUGCUCGAAGGCUAGCCAGUGCAUUAAGGUACUGUGUAUAUCGCUCCAAUGUACAGGUAUUACCUAAUCACGGAGUUAGCAGCUGGGGGAGAUCUUAUGGAUUACAUCUGUUACCGUAGAAAGCUUGGUGAGGUGGAGGUUAGAAAGUUCAUUCGACAAACUGUUUCUGCAGUGCAUUAUCUUCAUCAGGGAGGGAUACUUCACAGGUAGGAUAGAAAGAGAGGUGGUUUUUUCGUGUAAAACUUCUCUAUAAUAGCAUUUCCAAGGAUAGUGAUAAAUAACAUCACAAACAAAUAUUGGAAACCUUCCCAACUGGCGGUAGGAAAGCCAGUUGGCCAUUGACAGCAUGGUCUAGGAAUCGGAAUUAUAUCGAGAAACCAAUCCAGGCUGUGGUCUUUGAACGCGCCGAGAAUUGCCUACCAAUUCCAAAAUCAGAGAGCUGACUAGGACACAAAGAGAAUCGAGAAAAACUGCUAGGGUCAAACGUCUCUUAUCAGUUUGUAGGAAGUUGCGCUUUUCCCAGGUCAUUCAUCGGCGUUGAAAACAUCUUGCCAAGAAAAAAUUGAUAAGGGCAGGUGGGAUGGUAAGCCCGAUUUCUAACUGUUUACUGGGUACGGUUUCUGUCCGUCUUGCCUAAGAUCCAUCCGUAGUGCGCGAGAAAGAGCGCAGGCGCAGAAAACGACUGGUAAUAUGGGUAUUAAGGGUAAUGGAAAUGUUUGUCCCGAUUUCGAAUCACGAGGGGUGAGCAUUUUCUGUUUGAUUGGGGAAUGACGACGACGAGAACUGGUAACUAAUAGCUACUCACGCUUACGGAUGUUCCCACGAAGUCUCUGGCAAGGAAACAAGUCAGAAACGGAUCAAGCAGUGAGCCGGUCAACAUACGCGAACUCGCCGGCAAGCUAACACGUAGCUGCAAAAACUUUGGGGAAAUAAUGUAACACAGGUUGUAGGUUGUAAUUUAAAUUUUUUGUUCUUCAGGGACUUGAAAGUUGAAAAUUUGCUCCUGGACGACGACUACAACAUCAAAAUUAUAGGUAAUUCUUAAGGUAUUUGGUUGUAUUUAGAACUGCGCACAAUAAAUUACAACAAAAAAUGGCCAGACGGCAGAGGAAUGUGUUUCAGUUUCCUGGAUGCCAGAGGCGCGAAAAAUUAGAAUGAGUGAACUACCUCUUGCCUUUCCUUCCUAAAAGACAAUGAAUGUUCCUUUGCUGUGGCUGCUACGACGGUUUAAGCUAAAAACGGUACUUCUCUUGCCAAGUUUAAAACAGCUCUUAGAACGUUACUGUUCAGGAGAGCUCACAGUGGGCUCACAGAGGGCUAUUCACAGAGUGCUCACAUGAUUUUCCCCCUUGUUUUCUCUUCCUUUACUACUAUUAGCCUUUCCCCCGGGCUUCACGCCCUUUGGCGAAACACGUAGAGGGUUGUCUAGUAUAGAUGUUGUAAGUCCAAUACUCUUUGUUAAUAUACGAAAUAGGUUUCAUAACUUGUAUUAAUAUUAUCUAAUAGAUUUUGGUCUCAGUAACACGAUGUUCGCCCAAUUGUCUGAUGGUCAUUCUACUCGGGAAUUUCUCAAGACUCAAUGUGGUUCACCAGCAUACGCUGCUCCAGAAAUCUUGGGUCACAAACCUUACGGACCUGAAGUGGACGUAUGGAGUAUGUACGUAAACGAUUCCUCGCUGUUGAUUUUCUUUUACUUUGUUGUUAAGCAUCUGGUAUCACCCCAGAUUAUGCAGGGGUGUAGUGCCAUCAUCACAACGUUGCCAAAGUAUCGAGAUAAGUCAGUUGAAAGUCCUCAGAAGCACUACGUGAUCUUUGAUUACCGUGAUUUCUGCGAUUUCUACGACUUGUAAGAGUUUUUCCUGCCAGGGAAAGUAAUAGCUCUAUGCUUGUCCACCCUUGGAGAUUUCCCGGCGAUUAGUCGCAACUUCGUAAAAAAACAAACAUCGUUAAAAGUAGAAGUCUUGACUUGAUCUGGUGAAUAUGUUUGUUUUUUCAUCAUCAUCUGAGCAUUUCUUGGGUCAUGUUGCCAGGUCGAUCAAAAAACUUUCUAAUAUGUUUAAUAGAAAGAGUGGAAGCACUGCGCUUGAGCGCGGUCAAAGUUGAAAAAGUUGUCAAAAAGCUUCAAUGCAGUAAAGGAAACGUUGAGAUGAUUUUGAUAGAAGAUUCUAAACUCAUUUAAACUAAGGUUGCAGUGCAGACGCUUUUUUAGAGAGGGGAAGGGGUGGGCCAGCACUAGAAUUUGUUCGCAGGUCGUGAUGAACGAAACAUAGAAGACCGGUAAAAGGGAAGGGGACGGGAUAGACGGGACACAUUUCCGCCCCUCUCCUCCUCCCCCUUGCCGAAACUUGGCCUUUUUUUCCUUAAUCCCACCCUACUGAUGAUCGCACUUACUACUGGUAAAUACAAAAUAAGAUCGACCUAAGGCAGGUUUUGUGAGCCCGCGAGACUGAGCAACCCCCACAAACCCUUGUUUUCACUAAAACCGCUGGACACAAAACCUCCUCUGGGUCGAUGUUACAUUGUCACAACCCUUACUACUCAGCUCAAUCAGCUUUUAAUUUAAACAUGGUGACUGCAGGAAAGAAGAGGGACUCGCUGGUCUUCGAAAAAAAAAGCCAGGAUAUAAUUUAUGAACAAAUUCUAUGUUUUCCUUUGAUCUUUUUCAGAGGAGUAAACAUGUUUGCGAUGCUGACAGGAAAGUUACCAUACACAGCCGAGCCCUUCCACAUCACUACACUUUACAACAAAAUGAAGACAAACGACAUGAAUCCCAUUCCUGAUCAUCUGUCAGCUUGUAAGUUCUUUUAGCUUUAAUAAGAAAGAGCAGCGGUGUUUUACCGAGUUGAAGAAACCUUUUCGAUAAGUAAAAGGUUUUUUUGGACAAAAGUAUAUGCCACAAUUCUAUCUGAAAGUCAUAGAGCGAUUUUCGUAUGACCUUGAAAUGAAAACACGCGAACAAAACAGAAGCAACAAACGAACGGCAAUAGAGCAAUUUGAUUGGUUUAUCGAAAGGGUACAAAAGAGCGUGGCUUUUGGUUGGUUAAUGCGUGAAAAUACUUCAUGCCCGAGAACUUUCCAGAAUUCAACCGAUACUUCGCUUUGACGUCAUACCGCAACACGAUUGGCCAACCGAACAAUGCCUUCUCCACAUUAGGGAUUCUUUGGCGGGAAAACAAAGAGUCCAUGUUUUGAUCUUUUCAUCCAUUGGCUGAUAAAACAAAUAACGAACACUUUCCAAAACCAUAUUUCAAGAUCAUACGAAAAUCGCUGUAUGAUCAACAAGCAAGAGAGACUAAUGAGGCAGAGAUGGAAUCUUAGGGCGUUGGCAGGGAUUUUACUAAAAGUUAUUUUUAAAGGUUUUACUUACACGGAUGUCUUAUUCCGGGAACGUCCGCACAUUUUAAUCGAUUGUUUGAAACGUCAUCAAGCUCAGAAGCGACUGCCUGAAGGCAAUUAAUGCAGGAUAUUGUAACGGUAAGACACCAAGAGAGUUUGCGGAUCUUUCGGGAUACCAUCUUCCGAUUAAUUUCAAGUGUUGAAUUGCUAAGAAUAACUUUGGUGAAAUUCACAUAUCUCAAGGGCCAGACUGUCCAAUUAUUCUCUCUUACAAAAAGUUAAUGCUUUUAUUAAAGUUUUAACUGAGUCGUCGCUCACGAGAACUUAAAAGAAAGGAAAAGACCUGCUUGUUAUUUCACAGUAGUGGUCGCCUUCGGGAACAGUUGCUUACAAGUGCUCUUGAUUGCAAAGCCAGAGUUCCAACGAACUUUCACAAUGCUGAUCGUAACAAGAGCCGGUGCCGCCUGCGAGAGUGGUUUCGCAAGGAAAGCAUCGACUAUAUCAUGAUUACUUUUUUUAACUUUGACAUUACUAUUUUUUUAAUAGCAUGUAAGGACCUUAUUCGGCGUUUUCUCACCUUUAAUCGUGAGCAAAGGAUCACGUUGGAUGAGGCGCUUAAUCAUGAAUGGCUCCGCAAGGGGUUUGAUGGUCCCGUUAAGCCAGUUGUCUUCCCGAACUACCCGCGGGAGGAGGAGAUGGAUAAGAACAUUCUCAGGCACAUGACAGAGAAAAUGGACUUUCAUCAGAAGGAAGUCAUUGAUGCUGUGACGUUAAACAGGUAUAUCAGGGGCUUGAUAUUUUGUCGUAAUAGUGCGCGAGUAUCCCUCGAGUUCAACAUAUGCACUCGGUAUUACCGCUAAUUGUUAACGGGUUGCACCCGACAAAGGCCGAUUAUUCCGUAAAUCCGCUUUCCUCCGGUAGGUGUAAUAAGGUAUUCCAGGAAAGCUCUUUGUCUAAGCCAGAAACGUAUGAGCUGAAAGCGCAGUUUCGCCCAGUAUUACGAAUUCGAUCUCUCUUAAAGAUUUCUAAAAAGGGCUGUAUUCGCAUGCAAGGCAAAAACAAAAACAAAAACAUACAACCGAAUAUAAGCCUCCCCGGAUAUGAGCCCCCCUCUAGCUUACAUUGAAAUGAAUUCGAUCUAUUAUGCAGUUUUGAAGAGUGAUUAAAAACCAGUAAAAAUCAGUGCAAAACGUAUCUUGAUCAGCACUGCUUUAACUUGUUUCGAAGAGUGUUUUUUUUAUUCGGGUUAUAAGCCUCCCUCGGAAAUAAGCCCCUCCGUUUAUAAGCCCUUCUAAAACCCCUUACGAAGAUGUAUAAGCCCCCUAGGAUAUAAGCCCCUCAGUUUAUAAGCCCUCCUAAAACCCCUUACAAAGAUGUGUAAACCCCCUCCGAUAUAAGCCUCUCCGUUUAUAAGCCCUCCUAAAUCCCCCUACAAAGAUGUAUAAUCCCCCCGGGGAUAUAAGUCCCUCCGUUUAUAAGCCCUCCUAAAACCCCUUACAAAGAUGUAUAAACCCCCUGGGAUAUAAGCCUCUCCGUUUAUAAGCUCUUCUAAAAUCCCUUACGAAGAUGUAUAAACCCCCCUGGGAUAUAAGCCCCUCCGUUUAUAAGCUCUCCUAAAACCCCUCGGAUAUAAGCCCUUCCGUUUAUAAGCUCCCCUAAAUCCCCCUACAGAGAUGUAUAAGCCCCCUGGGAUAUAAGCCCCUCCAUUUAUAAGCUCUUCUAAAAUCCCUUACGAAGAUGUAUAAACCCCCCUGGGAUAUAAGCCCCUCCGUUUAUAAGCUCUCCUAAAACCCCUCUCGAAGAUGUAUAAGCCCCCUCGGAUAUAAGCCCUUCCCUUUAUAAGCCCCCCUAAAUCCCCCUACAAAGAUGUAUAAACCCCCUAGGAUAUAAGCCCCUCCGUUUAUAAGCCCUCCUAAAACCCCUUACGAAGAUGUACAAGCCCCCUCGGAUAUAAGCCCUUCCGUUUAUAAGCUCUCCUAAAUCCCCCUACAAAGAUGUAUAAACCCCCCUGGGAUAUAAGCCCCUCCGUUUAUAAGCCCUCCUAAAACCCCUUAGAAGAUGUUUAAGCCUAGGGCUUAUAACCGGAAGUUUACGGAAUGCACUUUAUUUUUUCAUUUACACGCCGUUUUCACCCUUGUUAGCCCAUCUUGAUAAUAAAGAUUGCAUACAACAGCCAUGUGUUUUGUUUCUGUCCUUAUUGCAGGUCUACCCCAACAGCAACAGUAUACCAUCUUCUGCAGAGAAAACUGAAAAAAUACUACAUAAGACACCCAGAAAAAGCUAAACUGAUGGCUAAUGCUGAAAUAACCUCAGCAAAUUCCGAGUCAGUUAUAUCUAAGGAUUCCUGUGGAACUGCUCAAAAAAAGGAAAAUAAAAAUAUAGUAAAAAAGAGGCAUGAAUGUACUGUAGCUACAGCGGUGGUUUGUGAUUUUAACGCUAACGAAGAAAAAACACAAAACGGACACAAAAAAUCGGACUCUACGAAGUUAGACGUUCUACUGAACCGCAAUCGCCUAUCCUCUGCGAGUUCUGAAAAUCUGUCAGCACCAAAGGAAAAACUUCCAGAAGGCAAAAACGGAUCAGUGGGUGACGAUGACUCCGCCAAACUUGAAAACGAGACAGAACGCACUGACAAGCCAGAAACUUGUAACAUUUUCAGCAAUGCGGGAAUUGAAAUAUCCAGAAAGGACUCUUGUAAUUAUUCGUCUGUUGAGGUCAUGGCGGUCAAAGGUCGUAGCCUGUCACUGAACUUGUCGCAUAUUUCGGUCGAAAGCAAAGCGACUGGAGACGAACUGAAAGACACUUCAGCCGAGAAGUUGAAUGAACGGAGUGGACGAGAAAACGAAGAAAAUGGAGCGAAGGAUAAGACGGGAUCUCCUCGAUUUUCAGAGGAAAUGCCCGCUCUAACCAAGGACAACAGAACACAAAAAUCACCAAGAAAUGCAGUUGCUAGUACACCAUCUAAAGUCGGCAAAGUUUCUGUCUUUAAUUCCAAGGUUAUUUCGAUUCCACUGCAGCAUAAAAAACAGGAUUCGGUAGCAGACAAGGUAGUUACAUAUAGAAUAGUCUCCUAGCAGUCCCUAGGGAUGAUAUCUGGGGCGAGCAUGUUAUGUGUGAGCAAGAGAGGCAAACACGCGUAACAUGCUCGAUCUUCCGCGCGACAGCAGCCUAUCUACAGAUAAAACAGCCUACAAUCCUGGACAAAAGUCCUUGGGACAGUACUGCAAUAUUCAUAUUUUUCUGUCAUUUUUCGGUUCCCUCUUAAAACAGUGCAUCCUUUUCGAAAUUCUCUAACUUACAGUUCUCCCUUCCCCCACCCUAUACAAAGUUGAAGCUCGGAAAAAAUUCUGGAUACACGCGUCCAACAUUGUUUGUGGGAUGAGGGGAGGGGUUGGACCUGUGUGAAUUGGAAAACGCCCAAGGGACACAAAAGUGUCCCAAGACGUUUGUCCAUGAUUGUAGCUUAUGAUUCGCUCUGCUGGGAGCGGUUUAACUUGUAAUAUUCUGUGAUGGACUACGCUGAACUGUUCACGAAUGCAAAUUGCUGUCCUGCAGUUGCCAACGGAAGAAAAUCUGUUCUUAGGAGUGAACAAGGUCAAACCACACAAACAGGUGAAGAACACAAGAAAAGCUUACCGUCUAGACCAAAGACGCGGAGAGUUUCUCAGUUGAUACUGAAACGGGUCUAUUGGAUGACCCCUAGCAUGGUGGUGGUUUAACUCGAGUUUGGGCCUGAACCCCUACCCUUUACCCUCGCCUCCCCUGCUGAAACAUGUUGGUAUCCAACCAUUUGUAGUGGUAAGCGGACUGCAAGUGACAGUUAGCCUUAAAUAUGGUUACUCUUCGUCAUUCAUCACAGACUCAAAACCUGGAACCAUCUUAGAUCAGAAACCCAGUUAGUUAACCACUCAUAAGUACUUUUCGAUAGUUUUUUAAUAAGAACCACUACCCUAGUUGCCAGAGACUUUUCACGCGUCGUUUCCGGUCUCAAUCAAGCGGCCCUUACCAUGACCCGUAGGAGAAGCUCAAAGUUUAACGGGAACAGUAAAUGGCAUCGCUCUGUAUCAGAGGUUUUUUCUCGCGGUUUCCCCGCUCGUGGUUUCGGCCUGCGACCGACACCGAAGCGUCGUGCUGCACGCGAGGAAAAAAUCUCUGGUAAAAAACCACCUGACAAAACAUAAAUUAAACAACAACUAGCAGAGGAAGUAAAGGAAAGCUAUCGGGUGAAUAGGUUUUUUCGCUCUACAUGUCUUUAAUUAAACGGUAAAGAAUCGACAACUUAUUCACAUUUUCUUCUCUUUACAGGCUAAGUUAAGCCCCAGAAGGUUUUCACUUCCGCAAACCUUCUUUCCGCCCAGGAACUUGGGAACUAACCAGCAAGGACAUCCCGUCACUAAUCCCUUCAGUUUUUCAUCGUCGUCAUCUUCUACGGAAACAAAACGAAAGAACAGACACUCGCUACCGCCUUACGGUUUGUGCUGCCAGUUAACGGCCAUUAAGGCGCAGGACGAAGAGAACAUAGGAGAUGUGUCACGUGAUAAAGAAGACAAAUCACUUACUGAUCACGUGGCUCAGUGCAAUGGACUUGAUGCUAAGCCUGGGCUCUCGGGAAAAAAAUUUCGUUGCUCACCUAAAUCUAGCGAGAAAAGUAAACAGCGAAGGAAAACUGUUGCAACUUCGGGGGGGAAAGAAUUGCUUAAAAGCAUAAACAACACUUUAGGCAAGCUUAUGGAAGUUCAAGAUAGAUCUGAACCGGUCAAAGGUCACUUGUUUAGAUCACGGUUACCCCCCGCCACGCUCAUGGGACGCAAAAGCGAUUUGCCCUUAGAUGACGUUAAAAUAUCGUUAAUACAGGAGAAUGCCGCUGUAGAACGAGUUAAGGAAAAAAGAAAUCCUGGGCUGAAGAUAAGCUGCAGGGUGAAAGAUACCUUAUCUCAGAUGCCGCAGGUUUUAUCAACAACUUCACGCAGUGAAUCAAACUCUCCGAAAGUAGAAGUCAGAGGCAUUCGAAGGCGAAGGAAGGGAACAAAUGAAGACACUGUCCCAUUGAUAGCGAAGAGUGAUUCUUUGUCAAGACAUGAAGACGCCAAGAAUUUACAACGUCACUUACAUGAUACCACGUGUGACUCUUCUCAAGAGACUGCACGUGAUCGACGUACAAGGCGCGAUUCUUUAGAGGAAGUCAUUUGA